AUGCUUUCACUUCUCCUCUCUGCUGAGCUUACGGGGGUCACCGACCUUCGGCCAAAGGAUACGGAGGAACAGCCAUACUUCUACACCUUCAAGGUACAAUGCACUUCCUGCCGCGAGGUGCAUCCGAACUGGGUCAGCUUCAAUCGCUUUGAGCAACACGACAUUCCUGGAAGUCGGGGCGAGGCCAACUUUGUGUGGAAAUGCAAGCUUUGCCAGAAAACCCAUUCCGCUUCGAUCGUCAACGGUCCGCAUGCCUAUCAGGGAGACGAGAAGCGCAAGGGCACCAAAGUGAUCGAGAUCGACUGUCGUGGACUGGAGUUCACAGAGUUCAAGCCUGAUGGAGAAUGGGAGGCAAAGGGCGUUGAAUCAUCUACGCCGUUCACUGCUAUAGAUUUGUCCGAGGGAGAAUGGUAUGAUUAUGACGAGAAAGCUGGGGAGGAGGUUUCCAUCAAGGAAAUCAGCUGGGAAUUCCAACCAGUUAACCCCCGGCCUUUUCUGCAAGCUCGGGUCGGCACCGAGCUUAUCAUCCGUCUCAAGUGGGGUCAGACAGAGUACAAGGGCAAGCUGGAAAGCAUUGAUUCGUACAUGAACGUCCUCCUGAGGGAUACGGAGGAGUUUAUCGAUGGAAAGAACACGGGUACACUUGGUCUUGUGCUGAUUCGGUGUAACAACAUUCUCUGGAUGGGAUCGGCAGACAGCGUUGAGAUGACGGAUUUGGGACUGCGAUAG